CACACGUCAAACAGGUCCAGUUCAAAGAUCCCUCGGCGGUCAGUCACCUCGAGCUGACGUCGACUUUCGCUGUCGCCACGCUCCUCUUCAUCACGAAGACGACGCAAAGGAGCUGAUCACCAUGACGACAGAAUACCACGAUGAUGUCGACGAGGACAGCAGCUCCUUUUGGAACAAAACUCCCCCUCUCAGCACUCGCUCAGGCGCGUCCAGGCUCACCCGCCGCUUGUUUCCCAUUCUCACCAUCGCAGCCAUCUUGAUUGUGACAAUUGCACUGGGAGCCAGCUACUCACGGAUGACAAGUCGUUUGUGGUCGGCAGAGCAAAGUGUUUCCAACAUCAGCCAAUCAUUGAGCACUGUCCAGCAGCUCGCUGCAGAUGCCACCAAAGACAUGGAGCGACUCAAAUUUGCGGUGGCGAGCAACAAAGAGGAACUGCGCUCAACCUCUGAGGCUUUGAAGCAGCUCGCCACUCUCGAAACCAUCAGCAAGACGGUGGCCACUCUCCAAUGCUCCCUCCAACGCAUCAUCAACAACGGUUCGACAUCGGAAGGCAGCGGCUGCUGUCCUCUGGGCUGGGAAAGGUUCAGCUCCAGCUGUUACCAGUUCAGUCAGUCGCUGCUGUCCUGGAAUGAUGCCCGCGACUGGUGCAAUGGACACGAUUCGCACCUGGCCAUCAUCAUGUCAGACGAAGAGUGGGACUUUGUACGCCGCCACUCGCAGGGUCGCUUCUUCUGGAUUGGUCUGAGCGACGAGAGAACGGGGUCGUGGGAGUGGAUCAACCAGACGCCAUACGUCAUGAACCGCAGGCACUGGCGGCCAGGGCAGCCCGACAGCUGGAUCCACCAUGGCCUGGGACCAGGAGACGAGGACUGCGCUCAUGUGCACGCGGACGGACGGCUCAACGACCUCCACUGCUCCACCAGGCUCCAGUUCCUCUGCCAGCGGCAUGCCUGACCGUGCCCGGGAAGUUUAAAAAAAAAAAAGCCCCUGUGCUGACACUUUUUAAUGAAAACACAAUAAAAUGGAAUAAAUACACU